CGUGGACCAUUCUACCGGUAGGUUUAACCUGCCAAAAUGAAAGGAGUCUGAAACCACGUCACGACAUCUCCGGAUACGACCAGCCGUUCAGACCUUCAAAGGGCGACUCCAUGCUUUCUGAUGAACUUGAUUCCAAGCCUGAGCUGUUGGUUGAGUUCGUGCAGAACGCCUCCAUUCCACUUGGUCAGGGUCUGGAGGAGCCGGAUCCGAAGAACACCUGUCUGUCUCUCCAGCCGCUGCCAGCAGAUAACUCCAUAUGCAGCCAGCUUCAGCUGACAGAGAGUGCGCUCCGUCACACUGGCUCCACAGAGCUUCCUGAGUUUGGGGCAGAGCGGAGCACCACCAUGGUGGUGCAGCUGCAGCCACGAGUGCCCAGCCCAGCCCCUACCCCCCUCAGCCAUGACCAUGCCCCCAGUCACAUGCCCAUCAUGCACGACCUGCAGCAGCAGGACAGCACCUCCUACGUCCUGCUAAACCUGGCCAAGGGUCUAGCGGCGUCGGCUGAGUCGCUGGUGUUUGUGCAGGAUGAGGUGGAUGAAGCGGAGGAGGAGAUUUCAGCGGGGGAGGGGGCCGAUGGAAGUGCCCCCUGGUACUUGCGGGUACAGGAGCUGGCACACGACAGCCUGAUCGCUGCCACGCGGGCACAGCUGGCCAAAGAUGCCAAAGACGCCAGGGCCAACAGCAACAGUGAACAUCUCAAUGGCUACCAGUCUGAGGGUCCAAAGAAAGAGCAGGUGUCUCGUGGUAACCGUGGUAAUGCGGAAAAGGUACUCAGGUGUCCGUAUGAGAACUGCCACCGGACUUUUACCUGGCCUGCACACCUCAAGUACCACCUGAAAACACACAGAAAUGACCGGACAUUCCGGUGCGGUGCAGAGGGCUGUGGGAAGAGCUUCUAUGUGCUACAGCGCCUGCAGGUACACAUGCGCACACACAACGGAGAGAAGCCCUUCACCUGCCCAGAGCGCGGCUGCGGUAAACGCUUCACCACCGCCGGCAACCUCAAGAACCACCGACGCACGCACACAGGAGAGAAGCCAUUUCUGUGUGAAGUGGACAACUGUGGACGCUCAUCUAAAGAGUACUGGGGAAAGCAGAGUGUCUGGCUGGAGCUGGCUCGUGACGGUGAGCGACUGAAGCCGAGUGAUAACCAGAGCUUUGCCCUGGCCAAUGGAAAGACUUAUGGGGCUGUGGGAAAGACACAGCUUUUGGCAUACAGGGUGUCGCCCUUCAAGCGGCAGAUCAUCGCUGACCAUGUGGAGCAGAUGCUCAAGGAUGGCAUUAUUGAGCCAUCACAGUCUGCCUGGGGUGCUCCGGUGGUCUUAGUGAAGAAGCCAGAUGGCUCCAUUCGAUUUUGUGUGGAUUUUCGGCGUCUCAAUGCCAAAACCCACCCAGACGCCUACCCCAUGCCUCUGAUCCACGAACUAUUGGAGUCUAUGCACGGUGCAGCAGUCUUCAGCACCCUUGACCUGAAAUCCGGCUAUUGGCAGGUCGCCAUGUCCGCAGACAGUAAGGCCAAGACAGCCGUGAUAACCCCCAUGGGCCUCUACCAGUUCAGGUGUAUGCCAUUUGGGCUCAUGAAUGCCGGAGCCACGUUUCAGCGGCUAAUGGAGAAGGUCCUGGGGGAGCUUAGAGGGAAGAUCUGCUGUGUGUACAUUGACGAUGUCAUAGUCUUUUCGCCAACGCCUGAACAACAUCUCCGGGAUCUGCACGCCGUCCUAGAGAAGCUCCAUAAGGCUGGCCUGACACUUAAUCUUAAGAAGUGUGCCUUUUUCCGGCAGGAGCUGAAGUUCUUGGGCCACGCGUAG